UGGCGGACAAGCAACAAGAUGCCAAAUCCUACAGCAAGCGCCAACUCUGCCAAUGAUCCACGUCGUCCAAAUAAGAUAUUUAGAUAUAAACCUUUAGCCAACAAAGCCACAGAUGAUCCAACUCCCGAUUAUAUGAAUCUCCUUGGUAUGAUUUUCAGUAUGUGCGGACUCAUGAUGAAGCUAAAAUGGGCUGCAUGGGCUGCAGUAUAUUGUUCAUUCAUCAGUUUUGCCAAUGCAAGAUCCUCUGAGGACACCAAACAAAUGUUUAGUAGUUUUUUACUUUCUGUAUCAGCAGUUGUGAUGUCAUAUUUACAGAAUCCUCAACCAAUGGCAGCAUCCUGGUGACACAGGCUAAAACCACCAUUCCUUUCUCUAUUCAAUGAAAUCAAAUGUGACAACUUAAAAUAUAUAUUUCAGGAACUUAAGAAUAAAAAUAAUUUCAAAUAUUGUUACACUUGUUAAAGAUUCUGCAAGUUCAACAAAGGACAUCGUUUGUUGUUCCCUGGAAAAGAUAUGAAAUCUUCUUUAGGUGCUGCUCUAUUUACUGGCAGUUUUUACUGCAAAAAAGACUUAUAUGACCUACAAGUUUUGAAAUUUGUUUGCCAGAUUUUGGUUAUUAAAACUCUUUAAAAACACUUUAA